UUUAUAUUUACUAGUGACUGAGAGAGAGAGAGGGAGGGAGAGAGAGAGAGAGAGGGAGCAGCUGAAGGCAGAGACAACUGGUGUGCACGGCUUUCCCAAGAGGAAAUGAAAAGAAAGAAGCUCAGCGAGGAGAGUGAAUGAGUGAGCGGGAGAGAGGAAGGGUGGGAGGGAGCAUGUCGGCUGGAGAGAGAGGGAGCGAGAGAGGGAGCGAGAGAGAUGGAGUGAGAGAGAGAGAGAGAGAGAGCGAGAAAGAGAUUCUCACACUGGCUGUGUCCUAAUCCGAGUCCAUCUCCAAGAGGCAGCGGAGCAGAGUGUUAGUGAAGUGAGUCUGAGAGCCAAGGAGAGCUACAUCAUCUAGCCCCACUCACACACAGACACACACACACACACACACAAACAAACACACACACACGGACACUCACUGUCUCUCUCUCUCCUUCACACACACACACACACACACACACACUCUUGCUACGGGAGUCCAUGAUGUGUCCGGCAGCGCGGCCACGGCUUUUGUGAAAGUGAGGGGAUUGACGCUGCCCCUGUCCCAGCCCCCUUGGCUCACACACACCGUGUCUGUUUGCUGUGUUUAAGCCUGAGGUGCUGGUGGAGUAGGAGGUGGUGGUGGUGGAGGGGGGACACUGCCAGGGCAGAGACGGGGCACCGGAGAGGAGGAGGAGGAGGAGGAGGAGAAGAAGAAGAGAGGAAGAAGAGGAGAGAGACAAAGUGGAUCAGAUCAACAGCAGCAGACUGAACGCUGGAAAUGUCCGUCAGGUCUGAGUCUGUCACAUCCUCGGCCAAUCAGAGCCUUCGUUAACGGCAGCGCCGGCACGUGAUUGGGAGAAGGAUGGCGACUAUGCCGUUCGUCAGCGAAGGGAAGUGUGUCAGCGUGGAGUGGGAUUUUCUCCAAGGACUGCUGGCCAAGCCUCCCACCUUGCCCUGUCUGCAGAACCUGCGCAAGGAGAAGUCUCGCAAUGCGGCGCGGUCACGGCGGGGGAAGGAGAAUUUCGAGUUCUUUGAGCUGGCCAAGAUGUUGCCUCUGCCCGGCGCCAUCACCAGCCAGCUGGACAAAGCCUCGGUCAUCCGGCUGACCAUCAGCUACCUGCACAUGCGCACCUUUGCCAGCCAGGGGGACCCACCCUGGAUUCCUUUAAUGGAGGGUGAAAGCAACUGCAGCAAAGUCAGACGAUCGGCUCUUUCUCUGGCGACUGACAUGUUUGAGCAGCACCUCGGGGCACAUCUCCUGCAGUCUCUGGAUGGCUUUGUGUUCGUGGUCAGUCAGGAGGGACGGUUCCUCUACAUCUCAGAGACAGUUUCUAUCUACCUGGGACUCUCACAGGUGGAGCUGACCGGCAGCAGUGUGUUUGACUACAUCCACCCGGCGGACCACGUCGAGAUGGCGGAGCGACUGGGAAUCAGGCCGCAUCUGAGGGCCGAGGCCGGCUGCCACAUGGCUCCCGAGAGCGCCUCCAGCUCCGCGUCCGCCUCCUCGCUGGCCGGGACCCCCGAGCCCGCAGCUCCGUCGAGUCCUCACUCUCCUGUCGACGAAACCGUCGACCGCGGCUUCUUCAUCCGCAUGAAGUCCACGCUCACCAAAAGAGGCCUGCAUGUCAAGUCUUCUGGAUACAAGGUGAUCCACGUGACAGGACGAAUCCGCUGCCGCCCCGCGCUCGUGCCGGGCCCCACGCGCCAGGUGCGUCGUCCGUUGGGUCUGGUGGCCCUGGCACACACACUCCCGCCCUCCACGCUUAACGAAGUCCGCAUGGAGAGCCAAAUGUUUGUCUUCCGAGUGAACAUGGACCUACAGGUCACGUAUUGUGAGAACAGGAUCUCUGAGUAUAUGGAUCUGACCCCAGCAGAGGUGGUGGGACAUACCUGUUAUCACUUCAUCCACGCAGAAGACCUGGAAAACCUCAGGCAGAGCCAUGAAGACUUGCUGAGGAAAGGCCAGGUGGUGACUGGCUACUACCGCUGGCUCCAGAGGAGAGGGGGCUACCUGUGGAUCCAGUCCAACGCCACCGUCUCCAUCAACCACAAAGCCCCCCACGAACGCAACGUCAUCUGGGUCAACUAUGUCCUGAGCCGAACAGAGUUGCCCGACACUCCCCUGGAUCUGCUACAGCUUCCGGAGGGCGUACGAGCGGAGAGACUUCGAGUUAGCUCCUCUCCCGCCGACAGCUCCCCUCAGGCCCGAGGUUCACAGCCAGUAAAGGGCUCAGCAGGGAAGAGUGACCCCGACACUAAAGGGAGGGAGAAAUUCACUGCCGCCGCCAUCCAAUCAGAGGACAGGAGGAAGCGCCUCCUGAGGUCCGAACCCGAGGGUGCUCCACCCGAAAACCGCCGCAGACUGGAGGAACUCCGUCACGUGGAGGAGAGCGUAUCCGCCUCCUCUGACCUGGCGAGUGAUAGCGAGGGGGAGGAAGAGGAAGAAACGGAGUGGGAGCAGGGGGGAGACAGUGACAGACUGAAACAGGAAGACGGCAGGGGAGGAGGCAAACAGAGCAGGGGGGGAGACACCCCGACCAGAGGGGAGAGAGGAGGGAGGGUGCACAACGGCCGGGCUGUGAUUCAGCAGCUGAAGAGUGUAGUGACCCCAUCUUCUCUGACUGGCAGCCCCAGCAUCAAGACUGAGCACGACUCCCUCACCGGCGGGGGUCGCUGGGGGUCACACACACAAACCUCCACCUCGCACCCCAGCCAGCACCAACCCUCACAUGCACACACGCCCUCCAGCAGUCUCAACGGCGACAGCCCCACCACCCCGAUCCCCGACUCCUCUUCCAGCAGCGAAGCCCCUCCUAAAGGUUUGUUCACUCCGCCAUCCCCUGCUCUGUCCCCCGCCAUGUCAGUGUCCUCCCCGCUGCCCCGCGAGGAGAGGUCCCUGUCGGGCAUAGUCAGUCGAGGCAGCCUUGGCAACGGCUGCCCAGGUGGUGGUCCUGACUUUGAGCUACUGCAGAGACUGGCUGCAGGUGGUGCUGCGGGGCGGGUCCUCUUUCACCCCCUUGCCCUCGGCCCACAGGGUCCUCAGAGCCUCUACGCCCCCAGCACCAUCCGCUACGCUCCACCUGAGCUGCCUCCCUCCCACCACCACAGCGCGGGACACAGUGAUGGCCUGCAGCUACGCUCAGACCACCACAAGGGACCCCCACCAGCCUUCUUCCCCCACCUGCAGCGGCUGGCCGGGCUGCCACCCUUCAGUGGUUUCUCCCCGUCUGACAGCCCUUUCUCCUCCGGCCUGCCCUUCUGUAUGAAUGGACUGAGGGGGGCCGCAGGCUCGGAGGAGGACUGAGAGAGUCAGAGGGGAGGAGGCGAGAGGAGAAGAUGAAAAUGAAGGAUGGAGCGGGUGACAGAACAGAAAGAGAGACAUUGAAAAGGGCAGGACGGACAGAAGUGGCAGGACAUUACGCCUCUGAGGACAUUACUAAUUGGACAAUGAGUUGAAUAACUGCGAUCUAAAGUAUGUGACAAGUCGCUGCCGUAGGGAAUCGUUGUCUGCCUGUUGUGGACGAGUGACAGUGAUUCUCAAAGAAAACGGGACGUGGAAACUUUUGACUGCUCGUCCCUCAAGACGUUCCCUCUCUUCAACAAUAAUGAACUCUGCUCUGUGUCUUUCUCUCGACGACUGUGUUGAUUUUCUGUGUCUCUUCCACUCAGAGAAGCCAUAUUGUAUAUAGAGACGAAACCAUAAAGACCCUCAGCUCACACCCAACUCGCUGUCGCCCCGAUUAACCCAAUUAACAGAAGACGGUAGAAAGAGACGGACACUGGUCUGUAGGAACAAAAGGGAAUUUUGAAUAUAAAUUUUUAUUAUUGCAGUAUCAUACAAAUCACCUCUUACGCUGAGAUCCAGGUGAGAAUGUAAUUGUUGGGUUUUCCCAUAAAAUAAAUGGAGACACCCCUCUGGUGUUUUUUUGUAUUGAGAUUCGAAAUAAUAAUAAUAAUAAUAAUGAAAAGAAAAUCCAAGUAUUCAUCAGUCAGCCAUACUUAAAGCACACUGUUGGGACAAAAAUAUGACUAAUGUAGUCCCAGACAUUCCAUUAUAUAUAAAGGAAGAAGAUGCAAUGCAGACUGGAUGCUAUUUCUGUGUUUUGAUUAUAGGAAGUUCAUUUGUUUAACUGAGUAUUAAUUAUAGUAUAUUCCACAUGAUGAUACGAUUGUGUUUGUGUAUGAAAGCCAUAUUCUUGUUUUUCUUAUUUUUUAUGUUUUUUAUCAUUGAUUUUUGAAGCAGAUAAAACCGAUGGAAGAAUGGUGUGAAAAAUGUGUCUAGACAGACAGAAUAACAUAGUUUUAUUGGAUGCACAAUAUCAUAUGUUUUUUUUAUUAUUGUUAUUAUUCUCUAAAAAAGCUAUUUCUAAAAAAUGUGUUUUUAGGAGGAGGACAAAAGUGUUUUGUUAUCAUUCAAACCUCCUGUGUUUUUCUGAGCACUUACUGGGAUUUGUUCUGGUGUUGAACUCGAAGCACUUCAUCACUUAACACUUGCUGUUAAAACAGAAAACAAUGCAACGGAGGUCACUAAUGUCUCAGCCUGACCACAGCGUUGUGGGGGAUAAAUGCCCAUUAAAAAAAAAAAACUGAGACCACAUGUGGUCAUUAAAAGACGACCAUCUGACGUCAAUAAAAAUAUACAGAAUUGUUUCAGUAUUGGUUUCAAUACAAUUCAGUCAAAUGGAAAUAAAGUUUUAAAUUAUAAAGUGGAAAUAAAAAGAAAUUUCUGUUUCACACUGAGUGAUUGGAAUUUAUCUCAGGACUAAACAUAUAAACACUUUAUAUGAAAAACUAGAAUCUCCCAACUGAACUGAAGUGAGUCCAUUUUGUUGUUGUGUACUACACUCCAAUUAUUGUAAUUCCAAAAUGCAAUAUUUAACAUUUGAAAAUGUGACUAUUUCUGCCAAAUUACAACACACAUAUUAUUUAAGAAAUGUGAGGACAGUCACAUUUGUGAUGAUAAUAAAAGUUAAUGAUGUAAAGACUCAGAAAGAAAGGUCACAUUCUUCUCUAGCACUUUGAAUAAAGUCCUUAUAAUUGAUCAAAAUACACCUGAAUUACUAUCGUCUGUUUUUCUUCAGACUGGGAUAUAGUUCACUGUCUGAUCUGAUGGUUCAGAUGUUCUGACAGAAAAAAAGAAAGAGAAAACACAUUUCUAAUUGGUCAGAUCCAAUGUGCACUACACACCCAUACUGGAGCCGUCACAUACAAAUGUGUGAGCGCACAUAUGUACCCGGGUGUUUAAUGGUAUCAUGUGUGCGUAUGAGUGUGUGCGAGUGCGUUUGCUUGUACAAGCGUGUGUUUAUCUUUUUUUUUUUUAUUUGAUUAAAUAGCUAACCCUUUGCCCAUCACUGUGAAUCUAAUGUUAUCCUCCCAUCUUUGUGAAUACUCCACACACUCAUCCAAUAAAAUGAACACAUGUAAAAAGAAGAAACAGUGAUACAGAUGAUAACAAUAAAAUAUUCCAGUAGAGGAGCACAACUCAA